AUGGCCAGUCAACUGUUUGGCGAUGCCGCCUUCGCCCUCAUAAGGCGAGCGGCCGAAGACACUGACCCCGAUGAUGCCCCCGAGGCGGGCUCGAAAGAGAUCACCAGCUCCUGGGCGCUAUUUAUCAUGAUUAUGCUAUUGAUGUUUGCCCUCUUCACAAGCUAUAUCCUGCAGCAAAAGAAGAUCCAAGCUGUGCACGAGACCGUGCUCUCCAUCUUUGCGGGCAUGUUCGUUGGUCUGAUCAUCCGCCUCACCCCGAAAUCCAACCUUCAGGACAGUGUCGCCUUCGACUACCAGUUCUUUUUUAACCUCCUUCUCCCUCCGAUUAUUCUCGCCUCCGGAUACGAGCUGCACCAAGCGAAUUUCUUCCGCCACAUUGGUACCAUUCUCACCUUCGCCUUUGCGGGAACGUUCAUCUCAGCCAUCGUGCUCGGUUUGGUUCUAUAUCUCUGGACACGGAUUCCGAUAAGCGGGCUCAAUAUCUCCUUCGUCGAAGCGAUUUCCGUCGGCGCCACGCUCUCCGCAACAGAUCCCGUUACCAUUCUCGCUAUUUUCAACCUCUAUAAGGUCGAGCCGAAGCUAUAUACCAUCAUCUUUGGCGAGUCCAUUCUGAAUGAUGCUAUUGCCAUUGUUCUUUUCGAGACGGCACAGAAGUAUGCCGAGAGCGAGGCUGGGUCUCUGACAUUCCUCCAUUUGUUCGAGGCUUCGGGACUCUUCUUGGUUGUCUUCUUUGGCAGUAUGUUGAUUGGCAUCGUAGUCGGCAUCGUCACAGCGCUUGGUCUCAAGUAUACUCUCGUGCGCCGUAUGCCCAAGAUCGAGAGCUGUCUCAUUGUCCUGAUUUCCUACGCCAGUUAUUUCUUUUCCAACGGUGUCCAUAUGUCGGGAAUUGUGUCUCUCCUGUUCUGUGGUAUCACCCUCAAGCAUUACGCCUACUAUAACAUGUCGCGCCGUACGCAGUUGACCACUAAAUAUCUAUUCCAAGUCAUGGCGCAGCUUUCGGAGAAUUUCAUCUUUAUUUACCUCGGCCUGGACCUUUUUGUUGAGUCCAACCUGCAGUUCAACCCGCUCUUCAUCCUUGUGGCGGUCUUCGGUAUUUGCCUGGCACGCUACUUGGCUGUGUUCCCGCUCUCCAAGGCCAUCAAUUGGUUCCUUCGGUAUAGAGCUCGCCGUCGCGGCAUUGAGGUUGCCGAUGAAUUGCCUUUUUCCUACCAGGCCAUGCUCUUCUGGGCUGGACUGCGUGGUGCUGUCGGUGUCGCGCUGGCCGCUGGCCUCACGGGUGUCAAUGCGCCUGCACUGCGGGCCACUGUUUUGGUCGUUGUUGUGUUGACCGUUAUUAUAUUCGGCGGUACCACAGCUCGCAUGUUAGAGAUUAUGGGCAUUCGUACCGGCGUGGUCGAGGAAAUUGACUCAGAUGACGAGUUCGACAUCGAAGUUACCCAUGGAGGAACAUACUAUAAGCGCUCCGACACUGCUCUGGGAUACACUCCCCGCAACGACUCCACCAUUCCCCUGGACGGUGUCGACAACUCGCGAGCCGGUCUCGGCCGCCGCGCGGAUAGUUACACAAGCGGUAAUAACCAGCGCCCGAGUCCGCCCGGACACACCCGGAUGUACUCGAACGCCUUCAGCCAGAAGGACACGCAAUCAAAGCGCGAUCGCUCAUCAACAGCAACCCUUCUCAACGGCGGCGCCAGCGAUCCAGACCUUAUCGCCAGUGACGACGAGUUCGGACUCCCGCCCAACGGCCAGAACCGUUCCAACUCCGUUGCCCACCCCGAUGAGUUCGACCUCGAUCUCGAGAAUGCUUCUGACGACGACCUCCCACCCGCAGCAAGCAGUUCGUCUCGUCUCCGCCGAUCACCAUCACACCCCACGCCAGCUGGAACGGGCACACAUACACCAUCCCCGAACCCAGGCACAUCAACAAGCGUCUCCCCAGCCCGUCGCGAACCUACACUCAGUGCGCGCGACGCUCUUCGGGACCUAUGGCAGGGCGGUGCAUCGGGCGACCACGCCGCGUGGUUCCGGCAACUUGAUGAGGACUACAUUAAGCCGAAGCUGUUACUUGAUCAGUCCAACCACAAGGGUCCUGGACCUGGCGCUGUCUGA